AUGACGUCCACUGCGGCAACGACAACGUAUCCCUUCACGUUCACUACCUACUCGAACCCAACCCCUGUACCAUUCACCAAGCCCACGGCCUUUCCCUCCAUCUUCUCCUUCGGCAGCGCCAUAGGCUGCGCAAACCCCACCGCAUCCGCCUUGCCCUCGAAUCACCCACUCGACCGCCCGAAUGGCAUCCAGGGCGCUUGCGUCAUCAGCAAUGCUGCCGAAGUCAACAACCACGCCUUCUGGGAUCUCUACGAAUGCUGCAAGGGGAAGGACAUGACUGCGUUUGGCAGCCCAGGCACCUGCACCGCGCAGUGUAGAGCGGAAGAUGGACAGACAUGGCAGGAGUUGGGCGAGUGUCUAAGCAAGCGCGUGAACAUUGUCAUAUGCAAGCCGGAAAACGCUGAGAUUGGAAAGAACGAGACGCACUCCACUCAGAGCUCAGCGAGUGGAUCGAGCAGUGGAAAGGCCACGAGCAGUGGACAGGCUUCGUCCAGCGGGAGUGCACAGGUGUCGGGAUCAUCGGGUGCGGCGAGCACACUUGGUGCGGCGCAUGCGACUUUCUCCAAAGCUGGGGUUGUCAUGUUUGGAAUUUUGGCGGUUAGCUCUGCUGCAGGCAUGUUCUUGUAA